UUCAGAUUCUGUAGAGAGCCACUUAUCAUCUGCUGCCUAUUAUUGACAAAAGAUUUGAGAUGUAUAAAGCCUUUUACAUCUUCUCUAUGGAACUCACUAUGGCUAUGGAGAUUACUGGGUUUCUUGUGAGGAUAUCGUCUUCUCUGUUAUGGUUUCAGAUUUAUAGGCUGGGAGCUUCUAUUAUAGACACUUCAUUUCCUCGUCAGUCAGAUUCAGAUUUACGAAAUAGCUUCUUAAAACCUCCUCUUCUAGCAAGGCAACGUUCACGUGAUCCAGAAUUAAGAAAUAGCUUCUUAGAGCCCCCUGCUAUACCUAAGCCACGUUCACGUUCGGAUGAAAUCUUGGGAGAUUCUGCUGAAGAACCAGCUUUCUACACUCCUCUCCUUGAUGGCUGCCAAAGCAAUAUCACUACGCCCAAUAUAACACAGGUGGUUAAAAAUAUCAUUCAGCUGGAGAUAUAUACAAAGGAUCCCCAUCAUCUGCUGCAGAAGCCUCUCGAAAUAAGUCUCCUUUCUCCAGGUCCUUGGAGGCACUUGAUUCAAGUCUCCGUUGAUGAUAUUACAUCUAUUGACUGUGGCCGGAAGAUAGCUUAUGGCUAGAGGAAUCUAAAGGCAUUCUUUGAUACAGUAUAGACUUGAAGAAUGCAGAUGGGAGUUUUACAUAGUGGGGUGACACAAUUAAGAACCAUUUGCCUUAAAUCAUCAUUGAUUCUACUCAGAAACUGUAUAGAUUUUGGUGUCACAUAUAUGGACUAGGAAUGUAUAUAGCAGCAUUCUUUUCUGUACAGGAAAAAAUACAUUCUUUUGAGGUGUAUAA